GACAACAAAAAAGAAAAGAAGGCAACAAAAGCAGACACUCCAAAGCAGGCAAAAGAUAAGGCCCCUAAAGUUGACAAGAAAGGUUCAAAGGAUCACAAAGAAGAGAAACUUGCCAAAAAGGAGAAGACAAAGUCAUUCAAAGUAAAAGAAAAGGAAGCCCAAAAGCAGAAAGAGGCAGAAAAACCCAAGAGAAAAUCCACUCAGCGUAUUGACAGUGAUAGUGAAGAGUCUCAGCCUGCAUCUAGCACUAAGACAGAAGAAGUAAAGAAUGAAAAAUCUGAGGAUAAACACAAGCACAAAAAUGAGAAGGAUAAAGAAGGGAAGAAGACAGAAAAAGAAAAGAAAGAACGCAAAGAUCCAGACUCUCCAUCUGAACGCAAAAGCAAAGCUGAGAAGAAACAGUAA